AGAGGGAGAGAGAGAGAGAGAGAGAGAGAGAGAGAAAGAGAAAGAGAGAGAGAGAUGGAGUAUAAAUGUAAGAUUUGCUUGUUGGUGGGCUUAUAUAAAGGAGGAUAGGAUGUUGCAGUUCCCCACUCUUAAAGAUAGCUAGGUGAGGGGGUGCAAGGGAAAGAGAUCAAAUUGUUUUGCUUUCUGAGGAUUUGAUGGAGGAACAUCUCACUCCACUGGCUGUUACCCAUCUCCUUCAACACACUCUCAGAAGUUUGUGCAUCCAUGAAAAUUCCCAAUGGGUCUAUGCAGUCUUCUGGAGGAUCUUGCCAAGAAACUACCCUCCACCCAAGUGGGAAGGACAAGGGGCAUAUGAUAGAUCAAGAGGAAACAGAAGGAAUUGGAUACUGGUGUGGGAAGAUGGUUUCUGCAAUUUUGCUGCAUCGGCAGCUCCUGAAAUCAACUCUGGAGAUUGUCCCACCUCGUCCGUUUAUGGGAACUGUGAAUUUCAGCCCUACCAAGGACUGCAACCGGAACUCUUCUUCAAGAUGUCCCAUGAGAUCUACAACUAUGGAGAAGGGUUAAUAGGAAAAGUUGCUGCAGAUCACAGCCACAAGUGGAUAUACAAAGAGCCUAAUGAUCAAGAAAUCAACUUCUUGUCAGCAUGGCACAAUUCAGCAGAUUCGCACCCUAGGACUUGGGAAGCCCAGUUCCUGUCUGGUAUAAAGACCAUAGCUCUUAUUGCUGUGAGAGAAGGUGUUGUUCAAUUAGGAGCUGUUCACAAGGUUUUUUUUCCCUCUUCUCCUCUCUCUUUGUCUCACCCACUUGGCAAAAUCUACUUUACAAUUUUACUCUUCUUCAUGGAACUGAAGGUGAUUGAAGACCUGAGCUAUGUUGUUCUUCUAAGAAAAAAGUUCAGCUACAUUGAGAGCAUCCCUGGUGUGCUGUUGCCACAUCCAUCAUCUUCUGCAUACCCUUAUAAAGUAGAAGGAGGGUAUGGAGUUCCAGAACAAUGGCAUUUUCAAGGGAACCAUCUUGCACCUCAAGCUGACUUAUAUGAGAACCACUUCAACUUGCCACUGAAGAUAACUCCCUCGAUGAGCAGCCUGGAAGCACUUCUGUCAAAGCUGCCCUCAGUGGUGCCACCACCACAUCCGACACAACCACCACAGUCCCAUCAUCACCAACUUCUGGCAUCACCCCAGCAAAGGCCACUGGAGUUCAUGGGAUCAAUGCAGAAAGUGGCAAAAGAAGAGUUAGAAGAAGAAGUAUACAGACCAGAACUUGACAUUGGUGAGAGCAGCACUUCCAUGUCAGGCUACCACCAUCAACAUCACUUCCAUCAAGAUCAGAAUAAUGUAACUAGGAGUGGAGCCAACGAUGGAUUUUGAGUUUCGAUCACCAGACUUUUGCAAAAACACAUGGAAACAAUAUCAUAUCAGUCGCAUUAAUGAAAAUUUAGUCCUAAUUAUCAA